GGGGUCGGGGUACGGGUGCGCGUGCGGGCCGCUCCCCGCCGCCGCGCCGCUCCGCGCCCCCGGCCGGCCCCGCCGCCGCCAUGGGCUCCCUGCUCAGCCGGCGCAUCGCGGGCGUGGAGGACAUCGACAUCCAGGCCAACUCGGCCUACCGCUACCCGCCCAAGUCCGGAAACUACUUUGCAAGUCACUUCUUUAUGGGAGGCGAGAAGUUUGACACCCCUCACCCCGAGGGCUACCUUUUUGGCGAGAACAUGGAUCUAAACUUCCUUGGGAACAGACCCGUUCAGUUUCCCUAUGUAACUCCAGCUCCACAUGAGCCUGUGAAGACACUGAGAAGUUUGGUGAAUAUCCGCAAAGACUCUCUCCGUCUUGUGAGGUAUAAGGAUGAUGUUGACAGUCCUACUGAGGAGAAUGGGAAGCAGAAAGUCCUGUACAGCCUGGAGUUCACGUUCGAUGCGGAUGCCCGUGUUGCCAUCACAAUCUACUGCCAGGCUACGGAGGAGUUUGUCGGUGGCAUGGCAGUAUACAGCACAAAGAAUCCCUCUCUGCAGUCUGAGACGGUUCAUUACAAGAGAGGGGUAAGCCAGCAAUUCUCCCUGCCUUCCUUCAAGAUUGAUUUCUCGGACUGGAAGGAUGAUGAGCUGAACUUUGACUUGGACCGCGGUGUGUUUCCUGUGGUCAUCCGAGCGGUGGUGGAUGAAGGGGAUGUGGUGGUUGAGGUGACAGGUCACGCCCAUGUUCUUCUGGCUGCAUUUGAAAAGCAUGUUGAUGGCAGUUUCUCUGUGAAGCCAUUAAAGCAGAAGCAGAUCGUUGACCGGGUGAGCUACCUGCUUCAGGAGAUCUACGGCAUCGAGAACAAAAACAACCAAGAGACCAAGCCUUCAGAUGACGAGAACAGUGACAACAGCAACGAGUGCGUGGUUUGCCUGUCGGACCUCCGCGACACUCUCAUUCUGCCCUGCAGACACCUCUGUCUGUGCAAUUCCUGCGCUGACACCCUGCGCUACCAGGCCAACAACUGCCCCAUCUGCAGGCUGCCCUUCCGCGCCCUGCUGCAGAUCCGAGCUGUGAGGAAAAAGCCAGGGGCUCUGUCACCGGUGUCGUUCAGCCCUGUCCUGGCACAGAGCGUUGACCAUGACGAGCACUCCAGCUCUGACAACAUCCCUCCGGGCUACGAGCCCAUUUCCUUGCUGGAAGCUCUGAACGGCCUUCGCUCUGUUUCCCCCUCCAUCCCGUCAGCUCCUCUGUAUGAAGAAAUCAACUACUCUGGCGUGGUGGAUGGCAUGCCCCCUGCAAGCCGGCCGCUUGUUGGGAUGGACAGAGCCAUGGAGAGCAGCCACCAAAAGGGCAAGCGGAGCAAGUCUCCAGAUAGCACGCUGCGGUCUCCCUCGUCCCCGAUCCACGAGGAGGAUGAAGAGAAGCUCUCUGAGGACUCGGACUCACAGCCAGCGCUGGGCGGGGGCGAGCUGGUCCUGAGGGAGACCAGCUCCCCAGAAAGCGUGGCAGGGGAGGAGAUCGAGGAGGCCUUGUCCCUGCAGCAGGGUAGCUGCCCUCCCUCUGUCGAAGACGUCCUGCAGGAUGGCGGCUGUGGCGAGCACAGGAGCCUGACGCAGCCCGAGACCGACCCUCCGGUAGAUGUCUACCUGCCAGGCUCGUCCGACUUCGCCCAGGCGCUCCCCGGCCGCGGCCCCGCGCAGCCCCUCCUGCAGGAGCCGACGCGGCUGCACCUGGAGGACGAGCGCAGCCGGCCCUGAGCGCCCCGCACCGGCACCGCCACCGGGACCCGAACGCCCCGGGCCGGGGGUGGGGGGGGGGGGGAGGGGGGGGGGCUCCGUGGCGGCGCGGGCGGGGCGGGAGCUGCCGGGCCCCGCGGCACGGAAAUAAAAGGGCGGGCACCGGC